AUGGGUUUGGAGAAUUAUAAGCCCAUCAUAGUUAUGGUAGGAUGUCAAUUUCUCUAUGCAGGAGUUGCUCUAACCGGAAGAGAAGCUCUUUUGCAAAAUUUUAGCUCAAGAGUUUUUGUUGUUUACAGACAAUUUACUGUUUUCUUGCUUAUUGCUCCUUUUGCUUUUUUCUCAAGGUAUGCAAAUGCGUGUGCUAUGACCUGGAAGAGCUUCUUCUUGAUAUCCUUGCUGUCUUUCAUUGGUGUAACAUUUAGCCAGAACCUAUACUACGAGGGAUUGUACUUAUCCUCAUCCUCAGCCGCUAGCGCUUUGGGCAAUGCGGUUCCUGCCAUUACCUUUACUAUAGCUUAUUUCUUAGGGUUGGAAAAAGUGAAUCUUCGAAACGUGAGAAGUUUGUGUAAGAAUUUGGGAACAACAGGUCUAUGUGUAAGUGGCGCUGUUGUAAUGGCAGUGCUAAAAGGUCCAAAAUUAAUAAACAUGGAGUUGUUGCCAAAAAAAUUCAAUUGGAGAAGAAAACAGAUGGUUGAUCUGUUCUUGCAAGCACAACUAUGGGUUAUCUUGCAGGUGUAUGUAACAGCUCACUAUCCAGAUAAUCUCUCAUUAACGGCAUGGAUGUGCUUAAUCGCAGCCGUCCAAUCCGCCAUCUUGACAUUCAUCGUCGAGCCUGAUUUGAACUACGCAGGUGUGGCGUCGGCAUUGACAUUCUUAGGUCAAGCAUGGUGCAUAGGCAUGAGAGGGCCUCUUUUUUCAGCCAUGUUCAAUCCUCUUUGUACAGUACAGUCUUUGCCUUCAUUUUCAUGCAUGAAGAGUUUGUACAUCGGAAGCCUGACUGGUGGAUUGGCGGUGAUAAAUUGGAUUGUAUGUGGUGGUGCUAUGGGGGGCAAAGCAAAAGACUAUGAAGAAAUCAAGGAAGAAGACACUACUACUAAAAAGCACCAAAAUAAUGUUAAUGGGCAAUAUGAGGCCAUCACUAGUGUCGACUUGGAGCAGCCCCUUUUGUCUCAUAAUUGA